AGUAGACAGAGACGAUAGAUUCCGAAAUACCCUGCUCCGACUGGUUGGUUCGCUUAUUGACGCCAUGGAUUCCCUCUACAGUCUGCACAGCUCUGCUUCAAAGCAAAGCCCAUCUAAUUGUAUGUAAAAGUUCCUAUUUGAACCUUUUUUUUCCCAACAUUUGUUCAGUGAUUUUGAGCAUCAUUUUCAACAUCGACACAGAAUAUUCAAUUCAUAGCUAGAAAGAGCAAAAGGUUCAUGGCCAGAGCUCCAUCUUCAAUCUUAAUCUUCCUCCGCCAAAACCCUCGUGCCCGCCAAAACCCAAAUACCCAAAUCAGAUACCAUACAACAGAAACCAAAGAAUGUGACUUUACAGAAGUUGCCCAACAUAUUUGUAAGAUUAUUAGAACAAAACCCAGAUGGGAGCAGAUUCUACCCUCUGAGUACCCUUCUUUCAAUUUCUCUGAUCCCCAGUUUUUCACCGAGCUUUUGAAGCUCCAAAAGAACGUGCUUUUAUCGGUUCGAUUUUUCUUCUGGUUGAGGUCUCAUAAUGGGUUUUCACCCGACCCCAUUUCGUGUAAAGCGCUUUUCAGUGCCCUCGUAGAGGCUAAGGCAUGCAAUGCUGCAAAAUCUUUUCUUGAACAUACCAGUUUUAGCCCUGAGCCUGCCUCAUUAGAAAGUUAUAUUCAGUGUCUUUGUGAGGGUGGAUAUAUUCAGGAUGCGAUUGAUGUGUUUUAUAGGUUGAAAGAGGCUGGAGUGUGCCCGGCUAUAAUGACUUGGAAUGCGGCUUUGUCGGGUUGCCUUAAGGUUAGGAGGACUGAUAUUAUUUGGAAAUUGUAUCAAGAAAUGAUAGAAUGUGGUGUUGUAGCAGAUGUUGACGUUGAGACUGUUGGGUAUCUCAUUCAAGCUUUUUGUGCUGAUAAUAGGGUUUCAGAAGGUUAUGAACUUCUUAGACAGGUUUUGGUAAACGGACUAGUCCCUGAAAAUGCUGCUUUCAAUACAUUGAUAUCUGGGUUUUGUAAGGAGAAGCAAUAUACUAGAGUAUCUGAACUCCUCCAUACCAUGAUUGCAAAGAACCGUGUCCCAGAUAAUUAUACGUAUCAGGAGGUAAUCAAUUGGCUGUGUAAGAAAGGAAAGGGGCUUGAGGGUUUACGUGUUUUUAAUGAUCUCAAGGAUAGAGGCUAUGCUCCAGAUAUUGCCAUGUAUACAACUAUGAUUCAUGGUCUUUGUACAAUGGGUUGGCUUGGGGAAGCUAGGAAGCUGUGGUUUGAGAUGAUUGAGAAGGGAUAUCGUCCAAAUGAGUACACAUACAAUACAAUGAUUCAUGGGUUUUGUAAGAUUGAUAAUUUUGAAGAGGCCAAGACCUUGUACAAGGAGAUGUGUAAUAAAGGUCAUAAAGAAACCACAGUCAGUUACAACGCAAUGAUGACAGGGCUGUGUUUACAUGGAAGAACCGACGAGGCAUAUAGAUUGUUCCAAGAAAUGCACCAGAAGGGUAUUGUUCGUGAUUUGAUAACAUACAACACUGUAAUCCAAGGUUUCUGUAAGGAGGGCAAGAUAGUAGAAAGUAUGAACUUAUUCCGAGAGCUCCUGGCUCAAGGUUUACAGCCAUCAGCUUACUCAUACACCCCACUUAUUGAAAAGCUUUGUCAGGUUGGAGCUGUACAAGAAGCAAAAGGUUUGUGGAAUGAUAUGAAGAAUAUAGGUUUGGAACCAAUUGUCGGUACUCAUGAUUAUAUCAUCAUUGGGUUGUGUGAUCAAGGAGAUGCUGCAGAGGGAAUGGAAUGGUUCAUAGAAAUGUUAAAUAGUAAACUUAAACCAAAGCAGGAAACAUUGGGAAGACUGGUUGAAUGCCUCACACAAAGAGAUAGGUUGGAUGAUUCUUUACUUGUUUUAGAAUUUAUGUUUAGGACAGGUUAUGCCCUGGAAAAAGGCAUAUGUCAUUCCCUGGUCAAUAAGCUUUGCUGGGAGGAUAACCAUUUUGUUGAAAAAUGUCUGUGGGAGAUCUUAGAAGGAAAGUGAUGUUUCAACUGUUUUUGAGAUGUUCCUUGUAACUUGUGUAAGUUACUUCUUUUUUACAGGAAACUUCUGUAAGUUACUAAUAAUUAGAAAUGCAUAAAUGAUUUUUCGCUUCCUUUCAAUUA